CUCGAAAUGGCUUGUAUGCACGCGCAGUCGAACCGCCCAUCAAAGCUGCCUGUGGUUCAGUGCACUCACUGCUUCACACAGGGGAUUGGAUAUCAAGCCACCACGGAGUCAAUAUCGAAAAUAUUUAAGGUCACUCGAGGCGCUCGAAUUUUGAACCGGAUCAACUCACCAUCCAAAUCUUCACCAGCUUCAACAAACACUCGAAGUCGUCUCCGCUUCUUUCUGUAACCAUCAUCAACAUGAAGGUUUCCACUGCUUUUCCCAUUCUGGCUCCUGCCCUGACUGUCGCCGCUGCCCCGGCUGUCGGUAUGUCUCCCUCUGUCUCCCUGUGUCUCUUGUCCCAGGCUACGACAUCCCAAGUCAGCGAGGUUGCAUUCCGGGUACUGGCACUCUUCCGCAGAACACAUUUCCAACGACCCAAUGUACAACGCGAUCAGGACUUUGGCCAAGCGAGGGAGCCGCGGCUUCAUCGACCCUUGCUGCGACGUUGACAAUGGAUGCCGUUCGGCAUGCUUUCGCGGUGACAAAUUCAAUCUGCUCUCUUUGAAGGCCACAACACCGGCAGGUCACGGAGUGACGGAAUGGAAUAGUGUUGGCCUGAUUGUUACACGCUUGGGGUUUGUUGAAUCAGAGAGUAAGGGUGGCGAUAUUGAGCAUUGCCUUAGCACAAUCUACGUUUUUUCCACCAAAAUUCUCGCACAGUACAGACGACUGUAUUCGUCUGAGCCGUAGUGCAAAUUCUCUG